AUGGCUGCCUGGCUUGACCUCGUCAAUGAGAAUGAAGCAUGGAAUUUAGUUGACACCAACCGCCUGGAACAACUAGUGCAGGAAUUGCCCUAUCCGAAAUGUCAAUAUCCGUCCCUACUGUACUUUUCCGGAAAUUCAAACCGCAUGAAGGCCUUACGGGCUCUGUUUCCCUACAAUAAUAUCACACGAAAAGGCCCUGGAGGAUUAGUCCGUCUCCAUCUUAGCACCAAGACAGCCCAUACACAGAAUCCUAUAUUAUUUGCUGAAAGCAGUCUUUGCCUCGAGCAAAGUCUGGGCGAUUCAAAAUGGCUCAAGCAUUCAAUGACAAAACAUCGAACCUUCUCAGUGGCCAGUGCAGAAGAGACGUUGUCCCCUGCAAGGUUACAGCAAGAAGUCAAGAGACGAUUUGUUUUGCCAUGGAGCCAGAUCCUGUGUUUAUUCCUCGAUUCCAUUUCAGACAUCCAAGCGGCAAGAAACUUGCUCCAACAACCACGUCGACAGCUGACCAUUGGGGGUGAAGCGAUUGCAUCUCCCACGCAGAUAGCCAUUGUUGUGACCAACGGCCAACAAGCAACAAAAGCCUUCGCCCAAGAAUGCGCACAGCUUCAAAGGCUGACCAAGACUGGAACAGUCACUGUUCUCGAUCUGGGUCCUCGUAGCGGACUCUCAGACAGCGUCGCUUUUGAGCCACUGCAAACCUUGAUCCUUAACCAGCUCAGUAUAGUUCAGGCGGAGCAAGUGUCAGCUUACCGACGCUUCUCGGCAUCUCAUCUCAGUGCUUUCUGGAGCACUCGUUUACAAAACCACGAAUGGAUUCUGGAUGCACCACCAUGUGAUCUUUUGGCAAGAGCCCGAAGGGGCUUUACGAGGAAUGAAACGAUGGGCGCUUGCCUUCGAGAAACCACGCGGAAUGCAACAUCCGCCGGCUACUCAAAGGAGGACUUUGAAGACCUUGUAGCCUCGGCUUUCUUGAUGGAGGCUUAUCCCCCUGGAAUGCAUGGGUUUUCGCCUACCGUGAUGUUCGAGACGCUUUAUGAGAAGCUCUGCCACAGCAUCUGGGACGGUGACUUCAAACAACAUGUUGGUGGCGUAUCAUCCUGCUUCGUCCAAUAUUUUGCACAGUUGAGCCCUAUUCGGACAUCAGCAUCCAUUCGAAAAGAGACAUUGCAUCGGAUGUAUCGCCGAUGGGGCGGACUUCGCUCUACCACUACCUGUUUUGUCUGUCUGUGUCGCCCUCCAGAGCAUAUGCUCCCUUGCAAACAUACACUGUGCGACACGUGUGUUGUGAUCUUUGGGAACUCGAGUUUGCUUGGAGAGUAUCAUUUCGAGAUUGCGCAAUGCCCCAUCUGCGAUGAAAGUUCCAACAUCACGAUCCGCCAGCUACCUCCGACCAAGCACCCGGUGAUUCUCAGUUUAGAUGGCGGAGGGGUGCGCGGCAUAAUUCAAUUAGGGCUGUUACGGGCUUUAGAGAAGCGCAUUGGCAUUCCGAUUGCGUCUCUGCCGGAUCUGUGCACUGGAACUAGUGUAGGCGCAUUGUCGACGAUUGACCUUGUUCUCAAUCAAUCUUCAGUCACGCAGUGUUUCAAUGCGUUCCCGGACCUGGCGCGAAACAUUUUUCGUCGUUCAUCAAAAAUCCCAAUUCCUCGUUGUAUCCGGUGGCUUGCCUCGGCGUUCAACUUGACCACAGAUGGUCUUUAUGACUCCGAUGGGCUGGCACAAAUCUUCAAAGCAGCUGUUGGCCCAUCUCGUCGCAUGUUCGAUGUUGCCACGGCUCGCCGUGCGGGUUGCCGGAUCGCCAUUGUGGCAAGUCGCACCUCCGAUGGUAAAGCCUGCGUAUUGGCCAAUUACCGAGGAAUAGGACCGCGCACCGCGAAUACCGCGUAUCAAUUUUUGGCGCCACAUGACGACCAGGAGAAUCCUUUUGUAUGGGAAGCAGCAAUAUGCAGUGUUGCAGCACCCUUUUACUUCCAGACAAAGAAUUUGCCAGGCCUUGGUGUCUUGCAAGAUGGUGGG